UCCGUGUCACGUGAUUGUGUUUCCCUGCUCACAACAUGGCUGCCGAAGGUCUCCCGUGUGAAUUUGACGUCGUCAUUCUGGGCACAGGGCUGGUUGAGUCGGUGGUCGCUGCCGCCUGUUCCAGAGUGGGACAGAGAGUUCUUCACCUCGACAGGAGGAGUUACUACGCAGCGAACUGGGCGAGCUUCACCUUUAACGGCCUCCUCGACUGGAUACAACGGCGACAGGAGCCUCCUCCUCAGCCUGAUGAGUUACAGGAUUGGUCCAGUCUGUUAGAGGAAGGGGAGGAGCUAAUCUACUUGUGUAACGCUGACUCGUCCUCUGUCAGUAACGUGCAGGUGUUCUCUUUCACCAGAGAGGAGGAGGAAAGUGUGAGUCCUCCGAGCACCACAGAAGAAGAAGAAGCUGCAGCAGCUGCUGAGGUGGAGGAGGCUGAAGAAGAAACGACGCAAUCCACAGAUAUAAAAGAGAAAGAAUCCAAAGAGGAAACAUUUAAUGAAGAGGAUGAUGGACAGGCUGCUGGCGUGGAUGGAGAGGAGCAUGAGGCUCCGCCCCCAGACAACCAGAGCCGUAAGAAGGUCAGCUACAGCGAGCUGCUGGACAAAGGUCGCAGGUUCAACAUCGACCUCGUCUCCAAGCUGAUGUUUUCUCGUGGAUCAUUAAUUGAUCUGCUCAUCAAAUCAAACGUCAGUCGCUAUGCAGAGUUCAAGAAUGUCAGCAGGAUACUGACCUGUCGCCAUGGCAACGUGGAACAGGUUCCGUGCAGCAGAGCUGACGUGUUUGGGAGUCGUCAGCUGUCCGUCGUAGAGAAGAGGAAGUUGAUGCGUUUCCUGACGUCUGUCGUCGAGGAGACGGAGCAGCAGACAGCCUACAGCGGUCGACCAUAUUUGGACUUCCUGUGUGAACAGCAGCUCGGCGACAACCUGCAACACUUCCUGCUUCACUCCAUCGCCAUGGUGACCGAGGACACGCCAACCGAGGAGGGGCUCGCCUCUACGCGUCACUUCUUGCGCUGCUUGGGUCGCUAUGGCAACACGCCCUUCCUGUUUCCUGUCUAUGGCCUUGGAGAGAUACCACAGUGUUUUUGUAGGAUGUCAGCCGUGUUUGGAGGAAUCUACUGUCUGAGACACACAGUUCACUGUCUGCUGCUCGACAAGAGCAACAACAGGUGUAAAGCAGUGAUUGACAGCCGAGGACAGCGAAUCAGCUGCAGCCAUUUCGUGGUGGAGGAGGGCUAUGUGGCGACGGAGAGGAAGAAGGUGGUCACGCCCACCAGGUCGAUCAGCAGAGCCGUCCUCAUAACUGACGCCUCUGUUCUCCCUGCUCACUCCGACCAACAGGUUUCCUUGGUAACGGUUCCUCCUGUAGCUGCAGGUGCUCCAGUGGUGAAGAUGGUGGAGCUCUGUUCAUCCACGAUGACCUGUAUCCCUGGAACCUACCUGGUCCAUCUCACCUGUCAGUCAGUUGGCUCCGCCUAUGAGGACCUGUCGCCGGUGGUAACCAGGAUGUUCAACACGCCAGAGUCACAUGACCAAGUGAGUCCAGACCUGGUGUUUGGGAACCAGAGGUUGUCCACAUCUGGUGUCCUCAGGAUCUCUGGUGAUCUGGUCCAAUGUUCUCCCAGCAUCUGUCCACCAUCUUCAUUCUGAGCCGUGUCUCAAUCGAGGGUCUGGAUCCUCUGUCCUCCGCCGUCUGUCCUCCGUCCUCUCAGGAGAUGCUCUAGCUCACGGGUUUCUUUUCUUUGAUUAAACGCUGCCCUCUACAGUUCAAAGUCCUGAAUGACAGAUUGAAGCUGUCAUCAGACAAAAUAUCCGGAGGAGGAGGCCACUGAUGUUUUUAGUUUGGAUUCAAGUUUGACUUUGUCUCCUCUCUGACCUGCUCCUCUUUUUUCUUCACUUUCAUUCAUGCAUCACUUUUCCCCUGUGGUUUUAAUUAGAACACACAAACACACGAUGGAUGAUUCAGGUGAACAGAUUGAUCACAGGUGAUGAGAUGAUCUGCAGCUCUGUUUAAAUAUGUUGUUGGAAGUGGGCUGUGAGCGCCCCCUGUUGACAAGAACCAAAACCCUGGCAAAUAAAUUCUACAAUGUCAUAUGUCA